GACAUUUAGGAAUUACAACUGCAGUCAGGGGGUACAAAAAGUAAAGCAAAUAAACAGACAUAAAAAUACAUAUACAAAUUCAGAAAAAAUGUAAAGGCUAAAGAUGUGAAAAUGCUUACAGAUUGAAACGCAUUUUGCAGCUUUCUUAUUUUUCAGAAAAAAUAAAGGCUUAUUUCCUCCAAAUUUACAUUUUAACAGAAACAUCUGAAAACAGUUCUAUCGAGUCGCGCGUGCUUCUGGGAGAAACUGUUUGAACCAAUCAGCGCGCAUUCUCAAUGGAACCCGGGAGUUCACGAGGGGGAUGUGUUUAGCAUAGCGGCUAAAGUGGAGAUUAUCCUAUUAUAGCUGCUAUUACUGGGAUUCACAUUCAGAGUGGUGUCUGUUUGGGACGGGUUUGCCAGCAGCAUCUCAUGCCAGGUGGUACGUGUACUGGGACAUGGAUACUGAGGGCUUUGGGGAACUCCUGCAGCAGGCAGAACAGCUUGCGGCAGAGACGGAUGCCGUGUCUGAGUUGCCCCAUGUUGAGCGAAACCUACAGGAGAUCCAACAGGCAGGAGAGCGACUACGCUCCCGCACUCUCACCAGAACCUCUCAAGACACAGCUGAUGUAAAAGCCUCCAUCCUCUUGGGCUCUCGGGGUCUUGACAUCUUCCAUAUCUCCCAGCGUCUUGAGAGUCUCAGUGCAGCCACUACAUUUGAGCCUCUUGAGCCAGUCAAGGACACUGAUAUUCAGGGCUUUCUGAAGAACGAAAGAGACAAUGCACUGCUGUCAGCCAUCGAGGAAUCACGCCGCAGGACAUUUCUGCUGGCGGAGGAGUACCACAGAGACUCUAUGUUGGUGCAGUGGGAGCAGGUGAAGCAGAGAGUGUUGCACACCCUGCUGGGAGCUGGAGAGGACGCACUGGACUUCAGCCAGGAAGUGGAGCCCAGUUUUGUGAGCGAGGUCAGAGUUCCAGGACGCAGUGCACUAGACAGUGUGGAAGCUGCCUACAGCCGACAGAUCUAUAUCUUCAAUGAGAAGAUAGUAAAUGGGCAUCUUCACCCAAACCUGGGAAAUCUCUGUGCCUCAGUAGCCGAAAGUCUGGAUGAUAAGAAUGUGUCAGACAUGUGGCUCAUGGUGAAGCAGAUGACAGACGUUCUGUUGGUGCCGGCAAAGGACACGCUGAAGAGUCGAGUGUCUGUAGACAUGCAGAUGGCCUUUGUCAGACAAGCCCUGCAAUUCCUGGAGAACAGCUAUAAAAAUUACACUCUGGUCACUGUAUUUGGGAAUCUGCACCAGGCUCAGCUGGGUGGAGUACCUGGCACUUAUCAGCUCGUAUGCAGCUUUCUGAACAUCAAGCUGCCGACCCCGCUGCCUGGCAUGCAGGACGGCGAGGUGGAGGGACAUCCAGUCUGGGCUCUGAUCUAUUUCUGCCUGCGUUGCGGAGACCUGUCUGCCGCCAUGCAGGUGGUGAAUAGGGCACAGCAUCAACUGGGUGACUUUAAGAUCUGGUUUCAGGAGUACAUGAAUAGCCCCGACAGACGUUUGUCUCCAGCUACAGAGAAUAAACUCCGACUUCAUUACCGGCGUGUGCUGAGGAACAGUGCCGACCCCUAUAAGCGUGCAGUCUACUGCCUUAUCGGCAAAUGCGACAUUGGCGACAAUCAUGGAGAGGUGGCCGAUAAGACAGAAGACUACCUGUGGCUUAAGCUGAAUCAAGUGUGUUUUGAUGAGGAUGGGAGCAGUUCCCCUCAGGACAGAAUGACUCUAGCCCAACUUCAGAAACAGCUGCUGGAAGACUAUGGUGAGUCCCAUUUCUCGGCCAGCCAACAGCCAUUCCUGUACUUCCAGGUGCUUUUCCUGACUGCACAGUUUGAGGCGGCCAUAGCGUUCCUUUUCCGAGUGGAGCGUCUGCGCAGCCAUGCCGUUCACGUAGCUCUGGUGCUGUAUGAACUCAAACUGCUGCUCAAAUCAUCAGGCCAGAGUGCACAACUCUUGAGUCAAGAGGCUGGAGAUCCUCCAAUGGUGCGAAGGCUCAACUUCAUCAGGCUGCUUAUGCUCUACACUCGCAAGUUUGAGUCCACAGACCCACGAGAGGCCCUGCAGUAUUUCUACUUCCUCCGGAAUGAGAAGGACAGUCAAGGAGAAAACAUGUUCAUGCGCUGUGUCAGCGAGCUAGUCAUCGAGAGUCGGGAGUUUGAUAUGCUUCUUGGAAGACUUGAAAAAGAUGGAAGCAGAAAGCCCGGCGUGAUUGACAAGUUUGCCGGAGACACGCGGACCAUCAUUACCAAGGUGGCAUUGGAGGCUGAGAACAAGGGGCUGUUUGAGGAGGCCGUCAAACUAUACGAGUUAGCCAAGAAUGCUGAUAAGGUUCUGGAGCUGAUGAACAAACUGUUGAGUCCAGUUAUCGCUCAAGUCAGCGAGCCCCAGUCCAACAAAGAGCGACUCAAACACAUGGCAGUGGCUAUUGCUGAACGGUACCGUACUAAUGGUAUAGCUGGGGAGAAGACUGUGGACAGCACCUUCUACCUGCUUCUGGACCUCAUGACGUUCUUUGAUGAGUAUCACGCCGGACACAUAGACCGAGCCUACGAUGUGAUUGAGAGGCUAAAGCUGGUUCCCUUAAGUCAGGAGAGCGUUGAGGAACGGGUUGCGGCCUUCAGGAACUUCAGCGACGAGGUGAGACAUAAUUUGUCAGAGGUUCUGCUGGCCACGAUGAAUAUCCUGUUCACACAGUACAAGCGUCUAAAAGGGGCUGCAGCAGGCACACCAGGAAGAGCUCAGCGUACCCUAGAGGACAGAGACAUGCUGCUGCGCAGUCAAGCCCGGGCUCUGAUCACGUUUGCGGGAAUGAUUCCGUAUCGGAUGGCUGGAGAUACCAAUGCCAGACUGGUUCAGAUGGAGGUCCUAAUGAACUGAAACUCCCCACUCCACCCUUCUCCAGCAGCUGUCUUUCAUUGUCCUCAUUCCAUCAUUACUUUUGACAUCUUAAAUUUGUAUAUUAUUUGCUUUUUUCCAUUAUUUGAAAUAAAAAAGAAUGAAAUUCA